GUCACAUUACCACGAGAAGGUGUUUAUGAUAAAAAUUAUUUCAUUACUAAAUAGCCAAUAGUUAUUAAACAUGUGUUGCGCGACAAAGGCCUGGCUGACGAUGGUGUUUGUGGCAUACGCGUUCCUGUUGACCACCCGGUUGCACUUUACGUACUCGAUGAUGGUGAUGAUGGUCGAGCCACUGGUUGCCGGGCCGGCUGACCGGGAACCGUGUCCGGACGCUGAGGUCCAGGUGAGCCAGAACUCGACGGUUGGCGUGGCCAAACGGCUGAACUGGACACCACGGCAGCAGGCAGCCGCCAUGGGCGCGUACUUCAUCGGCACGCUAGUGUCUGCGUUUCCCGUUGGCGUCUACUCGAGCAUGGGCCACGAGCGGUCUAUAUUAUUGUGGUGCGUGGCCGUCACCGCGGUCACCGCAGCCUUGGUCCCAGUCGCGGCCAUCCAAUACGACAGUUGGAUGACCGUCACGUUCCUCAGGUUCCUGCAAGGCUGCGCGUUCGGCCCGUCGGGUCCGUGCGGUGGCACGCUAGCGGGGAAGAUCAUACCCAGGUCGAAGAGCAGCCUUUACUCGACGUGCAUGUUUUCCGGCACGCUGUUCGGUGGCUUCACCGGCAACCUUUUCAGUGGCGUGUUCAUACCGCAUGUGUCGCACUACGGCAGUCACAUCGCGCUCACGAUGUUCGGCCUCGCCUGGGCCGCCACGUGGAUGACCAUGGUGCACUGGACGCCGUACGACCGCGCCGCGGACGCCGACGACUCGGGCCCGACCACUUUCUUGUCGACCCCUUGGGCCGUGAUGCUCCGGUCCGGGCCAUACAUAGCUCUGCUGUUCGCGUCGCUCGGCCAUGGAUAUUUGUAUGGCUUCAUCACCACCGGGUUACCGAUUUACGGUGUCAAAGUUUUAGGGCUCGAUGCUAUGAAAAACGGUAUCCAAGUGUCUAUACCCUGGCUGAUAUGUUGGACGACAUCUAUACUCGCGGGCGUGUCUGCAAUAUCGUUAACGAACGCGGAUACAAUAAAAAAAACAACCAUCAGGAAAUGGUACGCUGCCAUCGUACUAAUUGGAUCACCACUGAUGCUGAUGGGCGCCGUGGUGGCCGACUGUAACAGAUUUAUAGUUAAAUCUUUUAUGAAAAUGUCCGUGGUACUGUUGGGUUUCGAGCGAAGUAGUCUCCGAAUCAACUCUUUGGACCUAUGCCCAAGAUACGCAGGAUGUCUAAUAGCGUUAUGCGAUGUGUUUUAUUCUCUCGGAAACAUAAUGGAUUCAAUGAUAGCACGGAAUUUAUUUGGAGACACUAUCAACUGGAAUGUAUUGUUUUCAUUGGCUAUUACUUUACCUAUUGCGUGUAGUAUGCUAUUUAUCUUUUUCGGUUCUUCCAAAAAACAAUGUUGGGAUCAAAGGUAUAGACGUCCAUCCACGUAAAUACAUUUUGAUAAUGCCAUGUGAUGAUGCUACACGAAAUCAAUGUGCAAACCACAAUGAACCGGUCUUCAUGACUUAUUGCAUCGUGUAUUCAAUUCACUGGAUUUUAUUUUAAUAUAUAUUCAAAAUU